CGGCGGCCACAGGCGGAGGCGACGUGGAGCGGCCACGUGGAGCCGCCCGGGGGAGGGCCGGCGUGGGGAGCCCAGGCGCGGGCGGCGCGCAGCCUCGGGUGACGACGAAGCCGGACCCGAGUCGCCGCCGCAGUUCCAGUUACAAGAAGGAUGUUACCUUCAACGAUGAGCAUGUUCCUGCUGCUGCUGCUGCCCCUGGGUCAGGCUGCUCCCAAGGAUGGAACCAUGCGGCUGGACCCUGAAGUGCAGCAUCUGCCCCUGUCCAACCCCUUCCAGCCAGGCCCGGAGCAGCUUCGACUUUUGCAGAACUACCUAAAGGGACUAGAGAGGAUGGAAGAGGAGCCAGAGCACAUGAGCCGGGAGCAGGUUCUCCUCUACCUCUUUGCCCUCCACGACUAUGACCAGAGUGGACAGCUGGAUGGCCUGGAGCUGCUGUCCAUGUUGACAGCAGCUCUGGCCCCUGGAGCUACUGACUCUCCUACCACCAACCCAGUGAUCCUGGUAGUGGACAAGGUGCUCGAGACCCAGGACCUGGAUGGGGAUGGGCUCAUGACCCCUGCAGAGCUCAUCAACUUCCCAGGAGAGGCCCCGAGGCACGCAGAGCCCACAGGGCCCCUGGAGCCACAAGAUGUUGGGAGGCAGUCCCUGUUAGCUAAAAGCCCAUCAAGACAAGAAGCACAGGAAGCUUUGAGUCCCAGAGAAGAAGAUGGGGGACAGGUGGAGGCCAGAAGGGAGUCCUUGGAACCUGUACAGGAGGCUGGGGGACAGGCAGAAGCUGAAGGAGAAGCGCCAGGCCCUGGAGGAGAUGUUUGGGGACAGGUAGAGGCCAGAGACACUGGAGAGGGAGCAGAAGAGCUUCCAGGGCAAAUACUGGAGUCUAAGAACACCCCAAAUGAGUUUGAGGUUCAUGCUAUUCAACUGGAGAAUGAUGAGAUAUAAACCUUGAGGAUACA